AUGACACCCAAAUUUACCACGGCAUCCUUCCACAUAACUAGGAAGCAGCGCCUGGUUGCCACGAUCGCCAUAUCUGCCGGCUUCUUCCUCGCUGAGCUAGUCAUCGGAUUCCGCACAAAGUCGCUAGCGCUCAUUGCAGAUGCUUUCCAUUACUUCUCGGAACGAAAGACCUCACCCAGGACAUUGACGUUCGGUUGGAAACGUGCUCAAACACUGGGCGCAUUCUUCAAUGGUGUAUUCCUUCUCGCUUUGGGCGUCAGCAUCCUGCUUCAAGCGGUCGAGCGAUUCAGCAACCUCACCCAUGUGGAAGAUCCCAUUCUGAUGCUGAUUAUGGGCUGUGUUGGACUUGGUCUCAAUGUCCUCGUUAUGAGCUUUCUUCACGGUCAGCAGAAUUACAAGUACAGAGAUGACUGUGCUCUGACAACCCUCAUAGAGAACCACCAUGGCCACGAUGAGUACGAGACCGAUCAGUGUGAAGGAGAAUCCAUCGAGGAGCCCGUUGCCCCCGGUUAUACAUCUCUAGGAAGCCAAACGGAUUCGGGCCCCGAGGAGGCUGAAAUUAAACAUCGACACGGUGGUCGUGAUCUCGGCAUGCUCGGUGUCAUGAUCCACGUCAUUGGAGAUGCCAUCAACAACGCCGGCGUCAUAGUAGCAGCUGUCGUCAUUUGGAAAGGAAACGGGGACGGCCGGUUCUAUGCGGACCCGGGAGUCAGUCUCUUCAUUGCCGUGACCAUCAUGGCAUCAGCAUGGCCCCUUUGCAAAAGGGCUGGCUACAUCUUGAUGGAAAGCGCGCCUUCCGAUGUUGACCUGGAUAAUGUUCGAUCCGAAAUAACCAAGAUCUCUGGUGUCGAGUCGGUUACAGAGCUUCUUGUUUGGAGGAUCGACCAGAAGACGACACUGGCGACGGCCCACAUUGUAGUCGCGGACGACAGUGUGAGCAGCUUCGACGCAAAGGUGACGGCUAUCGGCGCAGGUCUGCGAACUUAUGGGAUCCACUCCAUUGCUUUGCAACCUAUAUACCGGCCUCGCAAGGGUUCAGUAACUCCAGAUGCAGGAGAUCGUGAAUCCGCAAGUAAGGUCUCGGAGGGAGUGAAAUCCUCUUGA